AUGAACCAUGCAUAUGAUAGACUCACUCUACGUUUAAAUGCAUCAGAACGGUACCAGACCAUUGUGGGCUUCGGUGGAGGAAUAAGCGACUCGGCCGCUAUCAACUGGAAAGAUCUCUCCCCAGAGCUACAGGAUUAUUUUAUCCAGUCUUACUUUGGCGAGAAUGGGCUAGAAUACAACAUGUUGCGUACGCCCAUUGGAGGCACCGAUUACUCGACUCGCUUCUACUCCUACAAUGACCUGCCCAAGAAUGAUGCUGCCCUCACUAAUUUCACAUUCACCGAGGAGGACAUUAAGUACAAAAUACCGAUGUUCAAAGCAAGCAUGGCCAUGUCAAAGACACCGAUUUACGUGAUCGGUUCAACUUGGUCACCGCCUCUGUGGAUGAAGACCAACGAGAGCAUAAUCGGCUUCACCCAGCUGAAGUUUGAGUACUACCAAACAUAUGCGGAUUUCCAUUUGAAAUUUAUAGAAUUAUACUCAUCAGCCGGUAUUCCCAUUUGGGCAAUCACUACAACCAAUGAACCUUUGAAUGGAGUGUUAGAACUUUCUGCGUACAAUACACUUGGAUGGAGUCUUAAAAACUUGGGAGAAUGGAUUUUUCAAAACCUAGGACCAACAAUACGCAAUUCAAAAUUUAAGGAUGUGAAAAUUAUUACUUCUGACGACCAAAGACUUACAAUACCUUAUUUUGUUUAUAUGUUACUCGUUCUUACUCCUCAAGCGAUCGACUACAUAGAUGGUUUUGGAGUUCAUUUUUAUUCAGACCAAGUAGUUCCUCCGAGCGUAUAUGAGUCGAUCAACAUAAACUACGAGUAUGGUGACAAAUUUAUUAUUGCAACAGAAGCUUGUGAAGGUAGCUUUCCUUGGGAGACUAUUAAAGUUGCAUAUGGAUCGUGGGAAAGAGCAUUUUCUUAUACACUUGGUAUAAUACAGGACCUUAAUUAUAAUUUUGUCGGUUGGAUGGAUUGGAACCUAUGUUUGGAUACACAAGGAGGUCCAAACUGGGCGGGGAACUAUGUCGAUGCUGCUAUCAUUGUGGACAAAAGCAAACAGGAGUUCAUCAAACAGCCGAUGUUCUACGCUAUGGGCCAUUUCUCAAAAUUCAUUCCACGUGGAUCCAUGAGAAUUCAAGCGAACGAAACUAGUUAUUGUCCCCCUUCGUCAAAUUUAUACAAAACCGCCUUCAUUACUCCUAAAAACACUAUUGUCGUUAAUUUGUACAAUGACGAUAGAGCCCGAACAAUUAACCUGCAAAUUGAAAACCAGCAAGCAACGGUACAUUUGGAAGCCGACUCUAUUACCACCGUGGAAUUUCUUCAAACACAAAAUUGUAAUUUAAAUAAAAAAAACUAGUCCACAUUAUCCACCACCACCAUGAUGGCAUACGAGUUCCUUUUACAUAAUUAUAGGUUAGCACUAUGUUAGUAUUUUUGUAAAUUUUAUCAAGGGGAGGGGAUUACUAAGCGUAAACGAAGUCGCGGGCUUCCAAUAUAAUACGUACAGCUCGUGCCGAUUAACUUGGCACUCGGCUCGAAUGAUGUUUGUACUAUGUUUGUAUGGUUAUGUUUGGUAGCCAAGUGUCAAGUUAUAGCUACCAACUGUUUUAAUUACAUAUUUAUAUUUUUAUUUUAAGUAUUAAUAUUACCUAAUAUUAAGGUACUAAUUAUAGACAAAUAUAAUUCCAGUUAAGGCCAGCCGCAUACAUUCGUUUUCCGAAUACGUUUUCCGAACACAGAAAACAGAUUGCAUUGCAUGUAAUCAGUAUAAAAUACAUGAAAUGAAUACACAUUUUUUCCGAACGGACUAAAUUCCGCGCUCGCUCGCAUUCGUACGUAACGAAUGCAAGCCCUUGCGACAUACAUUCCGAAUGAAGAAAAACGUAAAGUCUGCGGUAGUCUCACGAAAUUCCAAAUCGAUAUUACGCAUUAGGAAAACGAAUACGGAAAAUGAAUGUAUGUAUGUGGCCGGCCUUACAGUUUGAUCUUAUCGAAUGUCACUGUGAUCGAAUAAAGAAAUUAUAAUGAAGACAUCCGAUUUUUUCGACAAUUCAAAUCUUGCUAUAUUUUAAGGAUAAAGUUAACUUUCAGACGAUCAAGACAUCGUCGACAUUAAUGUACCAAUUUUAAUGAAUA